GUGGUUCACGAACGGAAGCGGAUCGUCCAGGUGAAACGGAAGAAAGAAAAGUGGAAUGAUAAUAAGCGCGGUAUCGUGUAUGUUCCACGAAUAUUAUGUUUACCAUGAAGGAUAAAGGAUUUCUUCAGCUGUGUCUUCUUGUUAUUUUGCAAUUGUACGUUUAUAUAGGAAUCUCUGACAGUCUGUCAAACGUUUCUGUCAUCGAACCACCGGGAUCAUGGUCCGAGGUUCUGGAAAAUUGGGUGGUGUCCGACUCGAGAACACUCAGAACGCCGAAGGUGAUGAAACUAGGUGACAAGACUUUAAUGGUCACAAGUAAAAUAUCGACGCCGAACAAGCGAGAAGUUACCGAAACCGAUCUCUACCUUCUAGGAGCUAUAGAGAAGCUCGUCUAUAGAGUAGAUUUUUUGGAGAACCGGUUAAGAAGAGCAGAAGAACUCCUCUAUUACGUAAUUUCUGGAAACGUGAACCAGAAAAAAUCUUGUCCAGCAAACUACACUAAAAUCGGCCAGAACUGCUAUCACUUCAGCGACCGCGAGUUCGACUGGAAGUCGUCGGCUAGUCUCUGCCGCGGAAUGGGUGGAUAUUUGCUAGAAUUCGAGAAGGAUGAUGAGAAACGAGAUGUAUUCAGCAGUUUGCAAAUGAAUUCAAAGUUAAAGGGGAAGCAUUUCUGGACAGGAGGGCUGAAUCCCGGUCUCUUGUGGAUUUGGGCAAGCAGCGCGAAGCCGGUUCAUCAAAACAUGAAACAGACCGUACCUGGCGAUGGCAGAUGCCUGAAACUGUCUUACAAUUCGACGUCCCGACUAUACUCUUAUCACAGUGACGAUUGCGGGACGAGGCAUAGAUACGCUUGCAAAUUAACGGUAGACGAUGAAUCAGCGAACAGGAUAGAGAAAACUGCGCGGGCGUUGAUUGACACGCAACCUUAAACGAUAAAUAACGACUGAGAUUUGUGACUCAUAAGAAGGCUUCGUUUCUCUCCGUUCACCAGUGAUAAGGCUUCAUCACUUUCGAUGAUUAUACCGUCGUUCUCUAAAAUUAAUUGCUUCGUAGCUUCGAUACCAUCUGGAUCUACGCCGCGACAACAAUCAUUGAUCACCCCAAGAGGGUAUCCCAAUUGAAGACCGCUUAAGCAAGUGGCUUUCACACAGAUAUCGUAAGCUACACCGCAAACAAACACAUGUGUAACGUCGGACCUACGAAGAAUCUUCAGCAACUCGCUGGAACCUGACGAAUCUUUCUCAAGAAAUGCCGAGUAAACCUCCUUCUCGGGGUCUUUACCCUUUAGUACCUAGAAAAUCCAGAAGAGAAGUCUCUCCUUAAUGAAAAAAUUCAAAUUACCUUAUAGACUUGACACUAUACAAGAUCACAGAUUAAAAAGAUUUGUUGAUAACAGGAAAAGCGAAGAAUAAGUUAUUUUAUUGUAUUUUCUUUUGUUUUUCGAUACCUGUUCCGAACCAGGCACGAUCACCAGAUCUUUAUGCAACUGGGCACCCCAGCUGUACAUGACGCAAUGUUUCGGCCACAGUGUCUGCUCCAAAUAAGGUUUCGCGAAUACCACUGUGUCAAAUAAUUUUGCCUCCUCCUUCGUUACCUGCAACCACCCAGACUUAUUGGAAUCUUUUGUACAAAUAAAUUAGAAAGAAAGAAAUAAUUGUAUUACAAAAAUAUAAAGUAUUGAAAAUCCGAAAGUGUAGGGUUUUCCUAUAUAAAACGUUUUGAAAUUUAUAACGUACGGAGUUUGGAUAAUAUAUAAUUAACAUGUAAUAAUGAGUCAACGAUCACUCGAGUCAUAGUUGCGCUAUAAAUUGUCGGUCGUGAACAAAGAAACGCAUAUAAGCUUCUCAACAACAACAAAAGUUCUCAACGCGGUGUAUUCUCUAAAAACCUAAUUAAUGGACCAAAUAAACCAAAAACAAUUUUUAACUGAUUUUUUAAAGCCUAAAAUAUUCAAUGGUAAUAUUCGUAGCGCUCAAAUGACUGAUUAAAUUGAAUUUCAUUAAAUUUUUUCGCAAAAGUCCUAACAACAAUGGUACAAAUGCACUUAGUUUGAAGUCAUGUUCUUUUAAACUCUUUCUAAGAAUCCAUUACGCAAGCCCAACGAUUACAUAAUAUAAUAAAUUACAUGUUUAUAACACAUACAUCCUUCAACGACGUAGAAUGCAAAUUUGAAAAAAUAAUUUACCCGACAGUCGCAAUAAGUAUUAUUUAAAUUCAGGAGAUAAUCGCGGACAGCAUAAAUAGUGCAAACCUUGUACAUGUAUAACUGCAAGAAUUAUAUAUUUAACCGACAAUAACUUGGUAAAAGUAAUUUUCAAUUUAUUGUUGGUUUCACGUUGAAAACGGAAAA